AUGGCGGCGCCCACGGAGGGGCCCGCGUUUGUCGCGGCGGUUGAGAAGAACUGGGGUGCAGUUGUCCGCUCCCCCGAAGGGACCCCCCAGAAAGUCCGGCAGCUGAUAGAUGAAGGGAUCGCCCCCGAAGAGGGCGGCGUGGACACGAAGGACACAUUGGUCACGGACCAGUCCGUUAAUGGAUCACCCCAAGCAGAACAGUCUUCGCUGGAAUCUACAAGCAGAGAAGCCUUCUUUAGCAGAGUGGAAACGUUCUCCUCUUUGAAGUGGGCAGGUAAGCCCCUGGAGCUGUCUCCCCUUGUUUGUGCAAAGUAUGGCUGGGUCACAGUGGAAUGUGACAUGCUCAAGUGCUCCAGCUGCCAGGCUUUUCUCUGCGCCAGCCUGCAACUAGCUUUCGACUUCAACCGAUAUAAGGAACGGUGUGCCGAGCUGAAGAAAGCCCUAUGUACUGCUCACGAGAAGUUCUGUUUCUGGCCAGAUAGCCCCUCACCAGAUCGGUUUGGGAUGCUGCCUUUGGACGAGCCUGAUGUUCUCCUCUGUGAGGUUGUGGAUCGUUUCCAGGGCCUCUGUCACCUGGACCUCCAGCUCCCUUCCCUGAGGCCAGAGGACUUGAAAACCAUGUGCUUCACAGAAGACAAGAUCAGUCUUCUCCUACAGCUGCUCGAAGAAGAGCUUGACCACCGAGCUGGUGAGAAGAAAAUGACAACCAAGCUGGGCUCCGACAUCCAGGUCCACGUCACUGCCUGCAUCCUCUCGGUGUGCGGCUGGGCCUGUAGGAUGAUGACCCGCAGCCAGGACGCCACCGUGCCCCUGGGCUCCGAGCAGGUUGAAAAGAGCCCAGGGCCCAUCGUCUCCCGGACUCGGAGCUGGGACUCAUCCAGUCCUGUGGACCGUCCUGAGCCAGAGGCCGCCAGCCCUACCCCCAGAAGCCGACCGGUGACUCGGAGCAUGGGAACAGGGGACACCCCUGGCAUAGAGGUGCCAUCUAGCCCGCUGCGGAGAGCCAAACGAGCCCGCCUCUGCUCAUCCAGCAGCUCGGACACAGCUUCAAGAAGCUUCUUUGACCCCACCUCUCAGCAUCGAGACUGGUGCCCGUGGCUUGUCUCCCUACAGAGUCUCUCUGAGAAGUCUCGGAAGGUAUUCCGAAUAUUCCGGCAAUGGGAAUCUCUAUGCUCAGCCUGAAGAUAAUCCAGCCUGCAAGCACGGGAAUGAGAGCGACUCCUUGCGAAAUAAAACAGGAAUUCCCUUUGGUCAGCUAAA